UACCAACUAUCCAAGUACCAACUACAAUGGCAUCCCCUGCAACAGAGGCGCCACUGACCAGCCCAAAACUGUCACUCCGGUUCAGCCUGACAUCUACCUUCAAUAGCUCUCUGAGCAACAGCAGUUCACCAGAGUUCCUGGCAUUGGCAAAUCAUGUGACUACACAGCUGGAUAAUUUGUUCAAGGCUCAAUUUGGAGCCAGAUUCAAUCGAACUGUUGUCAAUAGUUUCCGGUCAGGGUCAAUUGUGGUGGAGUCUACGUUGAUAUUCAACAACAUCAGCUCAGUGCCUGACAAUAGUCUGGUAGCACAAACUUUACAAACUGCCAUUACUUCCAACACGUCUGGCCUGACCUUACCUAUCAAUUCAUCCUCCAUUGUGGUCACACGUGCUACUACAAUGACUAGUGCAACCACCUCCGCUGCAACAACUGCUGCUCCAACUGCAGCUCUGACCACCACCACUCUGGCAGAUGUCACCACGACCCCUCCAGCAGUGGCCAAAACCACCACCACCGCUGUUCCGGCAGCAGCCACCACCACUGUUGCACCAACUGGCCCUCCAUCUUCUAGUGAAGGAACCCUGCUUCUUCGGUUCAGUCUCAAUCAAAUGUUCACCUUGGAUCUUGCCAACCCGUCCUCUUCAGCAUUCAAGACUCUGGCUGGCAAAGUGGUCUUGGAGGUGAACAAGAUUUUUGCUAGAACCCCAAGUUUCCUUCGUUCCAUUGUCAACUCAUUCAAGAAUGGAUCUGUAGUUACCAACAUGACUCUCGUGUUCAGAAACAAAUCUUCGGUUCCAAGCGCAUGCAGCGCACAGGCAACUUUCACCAUCAGUCCCACCUCCCUGAACAUCCUACCAGGCAGCGUCAAUGUUGAGUCAUCAGUCAAUUCAGGAAGUGCUCCAAGACCCACUGCCUUCUGUCUGGCUUUCCUGCCUCUCACAUUGGCACUGCUAAUGGUACAGUUGCUGGCUAACUAAUAGCCUGUGUCAUAGCUCCUGUGGCAUUGGUUUCACCAAUGAACGGUUUUCCAGCUCUCAUAGAGACAGCCUUAAGAUUAAGGAACUGCUUUGGCAGAAGAAUGCACAAUGGAUUGUGCCUGUGUCAAUUGGCAAAAUAGAUAUGUAUUUCAUGUACAUUCCCCCAAGUCCACACACAAACAAAAACACACCCAAUUGUACUUUUUGAUGUCAAGUAUGAUAUUUGUGACGUUCCUUAAGAAUUCAUAUAGUAGCUUAUGCUUAUAGCUUAUGAAUAUUAAAUGCAUAUAUAUUUUCUUUCAAGUGACUGUAUUUAUACUGAAGCAUAUAGGCUCUAAAAGACAUUACUUAUUUAUUUGCAUCUUGCACACAGCAGCUUGCACAUGUUUUAUCUGUUAGAUUAAUAUGGAAAAUAACUGAAAGAUUAGAAAACCUUUCCUACAUCAUGUGACACCCAAAUCAUAUUGUAUAAUUUUUUUGUUGUUAUUUUGUUAUUUGAUCAUAGUUGCAUUUUUAAUUAUUAACUGCUUGUAACUACUUUAUAUCUCCAUUUAAAUUCACCAAGAACAAAUACCUUUAUGAUAUUUACUUUUAGUUAUUUUGGGCAUAACACUGAAGUGUGUCAAAGGGGCUGAGGAACUAUUGCUGACCACUGCACUGUUUUAAAAACAUUGUAACUUCUUAUCUUGGUAAUAUUCAAUCCAAUAUGUAAAACUCGUAGAAGUACAUUUUCUUCAUUACUGUUUUAAUAUAAUUAUAUUUUGGGUCAUGUAAUUGGGUGAAAAAUGUAUUAAUACAUUUACAGUAUGAGUUACCAUGUGAGUAACAAUUUACAAACCUGCACCCCAAAUUAUGUUAUGAACAGUAAUCCUAUAUUUAUACUGAACAAAAAUAUAAAUGCAACAUGUUAA